GAAAUUACAAAAUCAGUUUAACGUUUUCAGAAAUUCCAGCUGGAGAUAACUGACACCCGUCACCAGAACCUGUCCGAGUAAAGCAGUGAUGAGCGGGACACAGAACGGUGUCUGUACACGUGAACUUCCCGAAGUGGUGAAAAAUGUCGGGAGAGUCUAAUCUUUCAAACAACGGGAGCAAGUUUGGGAUUGGAGCUAACCUGUCUCAGAACGUUCCUCAGGAUCUCGUCCAGCAAGUGUUUGGCUCCAGAGGAAUCCGCAAUGACUCAACAGAAUCCACGAGGGGCAGAGGUGUGACAGAGCGGGGUAACGGGAUAGUCCCAGGUGGUAUAGCAGCAGCUGUGUUCAUUGCCUUGUUACUGGGGCUCUACACAAUCCUCUGGAAAUGUAUGGGGACGGCACCCAAGAGGAAACAGACAAUGAGGAUGAGGGAUCAAAAAGGCCCACAAAGGAUCCGCUAUGCUGAGACCCUGCAUUUCGAUAGCUCCACUCCCACACCACCAGCCUGAGCUUAAGGGCACUGACACCAGGGGGCAGUGCAGCUAAAUGAACAGGAAGACUUCACUUUAGACUUCUGUAACUUUUACCCAGCACCGUGCAAUCUCUGCACCUCUGUCAGAGUCUAUCUAUCACCUCGAUCUCUGACUCUAACCACAAAGACAACAGCUUCCAGAGAGCUACAUGGAAGAAUUCUGUGAACCAUUCUGGCCUGUGUUAAUACGAAAGUUUUGGAAGAUUGCUUAGCUGAGGAAAUGUCCUGCAAGAUUGUACAAAAUUCUUAUAUUUGUACAUAUAAAUACAGUGUGUUUUGUUAUGAAGUGGGGAUGGAGGCUGGCAGAAUGGAAACCAAGGGAAUUGGAUAGAAAUGCAAAUAAAUAAGUUUGUGAAACACUGCUGUACAAGCUACACUGCUACUAGAAUAUUCAGUAAAUCCUGUAUGUUGAUGUUUUAGCAGCAAGUUUCAAAUGUCUGUAAGGAGGAGGAUGAGGUGGUGAUGCCAAUAAAUAGUCUACUGCAGUCUAUGCCAGUGGCCCCCUGAUGAUGCGCCUGUGGCAGCAAUGCUGAUGUAUUGGGAGGGAUAAUGAGGCCAUUACACUUGACUGCUCUUUGCUGUCAAUUCUGUGCCAUUUGAUGCAUUUGUACCUGAAAAGCUCUCUGCAGUGUAUACAAGACACAUUAUUUUACCUUUGCUGAAUCCUGUGUUGUCCGUAUCCCAGCAGUAUAUUUUACAUAAUUGCGACUGUUGUAAUAUUUUUAUUCGCACGUCAUACGUAAGUUCAUUAGUGUAACUGCUAUCCAUUACAUAACUACUUUUUCUUGGCAACAAUCUCAAGGAGAAUUUUUUUUUUUUCCUUCUUGUAACAUUGCUGUGUAUCCGGUUCAAACUCCCUCCUGCAACAAAGCUGCUGUUCUGGUUGAAAUAAGUGCUGUACAGUGGGAACAGGAAACCAGCAUUGUUGCAGGAGGGAGUGUGGACUGGAUACACUGUGAUGUUUAGAAGAGAAACUCCUUUUCUGCUGCUGUACACUCCCGAGUAUAUGUUGAGAAAUGCAUUCCCCAAUUUAAAAAUAUUACUGGUACAGUAACUGGUAGGUAAACGGCUGAAAAAAGUACCUUUUUUUUUUUUUAAAUAUAGGUGUCUAGUUUAACUCCAUCGAAAGAAACGUAAAGCACAAAAGGGCUGUUUUCUUUGUCGUCGCUGCCGUGACAGAUGCUGACCUUCAGCAGGUGUAGUGUUUUGUAUAUGCUAUACAUGGAUACAUUUAAUGUUAUGAGUGUGCAUGAGUUUGUUGGGCAGAGAACGUGUAGGUGUUUUCUAGAUACAGACUUGUUUGUUGUGACAGUCUUCUUUUUUCAAUGUGUAUCAAAACCUUUGUAGGCCACUUGUGCCUUUUCAUACUUUGCAUCUCUUCUUUAGUGAGCGCUGUUUUUAAACUUCUCACGAGAAUGAUCUCAUAAGAAUGUGGCAAUAGACAAGUUCAUUUCUGCAGAUAUGCCUUAUUGUGGUUCCACUGAAGGGAAACAACUUGCAUAGGAAUUUUGUCAACAAAUAAAAUUGACUAUCUCACAACCCUUGGUCUUUUGGUGUCAG